UGGUGGGUUUCCUUCUACAAUAGCAGGUGACUUUACUCUAGCGUGCUUGGCAUAAGCAAAAACAAGUAGCUUGCUAUUGGCGGUAAAAAGUCGGAAAUUUGGGCUUUUGCUGAAUGUUGCUCAAACGAAGCCAUCUCAACGUCGACACUCUCCUGCUGGGCGUCAAUACCAACAACUCAAUUGGCCAAUCGACACCAUCUUACGGCCAUGGCUAGCAACCUUUCCAAGAGCCGCCAGCUGGCUUCAGCUUUGCGGCCUCUUAAGCAAUCCGUUCAAGGUCGCAAUGCAAUCGUAUCGCGCUCCGUGUCUACCUCUGCUCCUCGCCUUGUUGCCAUGCCCAAGGAAACGCAAAACAUGAGACACGCCCCCCGAGACCAAAUCGGCUCCCUACAGGCCCCAAUUGUCAAUCCUGCCGACAAGUACCAGAGCAAGGCCGAUAACCUGCAUCGAUAUGGCGCCUGGUUGAUGUCCUGUCUCCCCAAGUACAUUCAGCAGUUUUCUCUUUGGAAGGACGAGCUCACCAUUUACAUCUCCCCUUCUGGUGUUAUCCCUGUCUUUUCGUUCUUGAAGCAAAACACCGCUGCCGAAUUCACCCAAGUAAGCACUGUCACAGCUGCUGAUUAUCCCACCCGCGACAAGCGCUUCGAAGUUGUCUAUAACCUUCUCUCUGUCCGUCACAACGCUCGUAUUAGAGUAAAGACGUACGCUGACGAGACGUCCGCUGUUCCUUCCAUUACUGGCCUUUUCGACGGUGCCAACUGGUACGAACGCGAAGUGUACGACUUGUACGGCGUCUUCUUCACUGGCCAUCCCGACCUGCGCCGCAUCAUGACCGAUUAUGGCUUUGAGGGUCACCCUCUGCGUAAGGAUUUCCCCUUGACUGGUUACACCGAGAUUAGAUACGACGAGGAAAAGAAGCGUAUUGUCACAGAGCCACUCGAGUUGACACAGGCAUUCCGCAACUUUGAAGGAGGCUCUAGCGCUUGGGAGCCAGUUGGGGCAGGCGAAAACCGUACCCCUGAUACAUUCAAGCUUCCUACACCGAAACCAGAAGAGACGAAGGAGGAGCCUAAGAAGUAAGCUGUCAAUAUGCGGCGUGUAUAUUUGAAGAGCUAGAACUGUCUGUCAAACAUGACACGAUUAUUGUACCAAUGUAUGCUUGAAAUCACAGCAGUGUCAUUAAACAAGGAUUGUACCGUGAUUAAUUAUGGUGAAACGACAUAGCCAUCCACGCUCUGCACCAUGUAAGCCAUUGGGUUAUAAGUGUAAAAUAAAUUCAUUGUCGCUAUGCACAAUUUCCCCAUUCAUACUGCCUUCCAAAUGCCCUCCAUCAAAUACAUUAUAAAAUUCGUAGACUGAGAUGUGCAAUAUGAUAUGCGCUAAACGUACACGCUUUCAAUACUAGCGCCAUUGAAACCAAGAGAAAACUCCAUACAAAUGAUAACGAUAUUGUCUGGAAGCACUGGAUGUUCCUAAACACGAAGAGCAAAAAUCUAACCGAAGAGAAUAUGUCGAAAAUGCGUAGACCCUACCACAUAUUGCCGCUACGGCCUUCUUGAUGGUGGUCCGGGCCGUCAUCGCGAUAGUGAUAGUAUUCCUUGCCUUCUUUAUUGUAGUCGUUGGUCGAAUCAUAAUCAUAUGUGUUGUGAUCACGAUCUUCCCCAUGAUCAUCUUCAUAUAUUUGAGCAUCAUCGAUGUAAUCAACUUGCUCACUCGUAUUUGUGUCCGCAUAUUGCAUAGCAGCCUAUAAUGUUAGUAUGGUCUAGGCCAGAGGUUGCCAGGUAUACUCACUCGGUGAUAUUCAAAGCUGUAUUGAUCCGUGUCCUGUUGAUCGUCGUUGGGGUCAAUUCCUUGCUGAGCUAGAUAGUCCUGCUCCUGUUGCUUGCGUCUAGCCUCCUCUUCUUGUCUCUUCUGCUGCGGCGAAAUGGGUAUGUUCAUUUGCGGAUGCAUAGCUUGCACAAUUGCUAGAUAGCUGUACAUGAAGUUGCUUAAGAGAACUUGGCUUAAUAACGGCCUUCGGGGAUUUGCCAGCUUGAUAUGAGCCAUUCGAUAGAUAGCUCUUUCUUCCAGUAGAGGGAAUCUCGUCCAGUUGUAAUCAACAUCCGGUUGGAGGGGUUUGUAAGGCUGUGGUUCGUCGAGGACGUGCAAGAACUGCGAUUUCUUGCCUGCUUUCUCCUUCUCUUCCCUUUUCUUGCUACCGCCAAAAAUAGAAGAGAAUAUACUACUGUCUUUGUCUUUCUUAGAGUCGCUCUUUCGAUUGCUCUCUUUUCUUCUUUCUUCUUGAAGCUUGCCAUCGAAAGAAUCACGAUCAAGAACGAGACUCUCUCUACUUCUGCGCCCUGACUUGUCAAUCGAGGUCUGAAGUACGUCGAGUCGGACAUUGUCCUGGGCCUUUUCAACCAAGGCUCUGGCUUUUGAACGCUUGCUGUCAUCUUUCUUUUUGUCCUUGUCAUCACUUCCACUUUUGAACCAUUUCCAACCACUCGACUUGCUAGACACACUUGACGAGUCGUCAUCACGGUCCUUCUUGGACUUUUUGUCCCAUUUUCGUUCCUCGGUUGUGAGUGUAGGUAUAAAUGUAAGGGCAUCUGUUCGCGUGACUCCGCUACCUAGGUGGGCCGGACUAGAAGCCAGUCCUUCACUCAGUGAUUGUGGCUGUGAUAGUGGUUGAUGUUUAUGCAUGUAGGGCGAUUGUGGGCCAGAAUGACCCAUUGUAGGAGACGAAAUCAUCAUACCAGACUCGAUCCUUUGGUCGUCAAACACUACGUCAUUUGCGGCGACCUCAGUAUUUUGGGAUGAGGAUCUCUCCGGAAAGCCUGCAAAUUUGGGAUCAGCCUGAGUCGUGUAGAUAUCUGUUCGAAGCUCUGUAUCAUUAUUAGAGCCGGCUGACCCAGACAAAGAGCGAACCGUGAGAGUUUCCUGAAUAGGAGGGCGAGAAUCGUCGGAAAGCGCCAUUCCAGGUGCGUUACCCUCAAGAGCUGCUAGCGCAUCUGGUGAUUCUUGUGAGAAUUUGUGUUGUCGUCGUACUGAUCGAUUGGGGCGGGAAUAAUUUUCGGUGAUCGGUUCAGACUGUACUCUAGCCAGGCUGUGGCCCCUGGGUGAUGUUUCCGUUGUUGCAGCUGAGCUUUCAUCUUCAGCAGAUUCGUCUUGCUGCUUGGAAACGACCCUUUUCCCUGAUCCAGAUCUAUCUCCAUAGCGCAAACUACCGCCCUUCCGAUAGGUCGUUCGGGUGGAGCGGCGAAGACCCAUUCCAGGCGCCAUUGGAAGUAUCGGCAUAUCAUCUGGGUUUGCUGUUUCGCUAUGCUGAAGCUGCGAUUCUUGCGCUAGCUUCUGUACGGCCCUCGUUGGGUCUUUCACCAGUUCGUCGAGACUCAAUUCCGGAGGUGGAUGGCUUCUGCGGGAGCGUUGUCGCUCCAGUCUUUCCGCCCCAUCAACAUAUCCAACAGCUCCGGAACCAUCUGCAUUGUCUAUUUGAUGAGAUAGCAUUGAUUUCCUUCGUUGCAGAUCAGAAUUACUGCGUCCCAAUUCCCCAUCGCCGGACAAAUGCGAGUCGCCAGAUCUCCGCCGUAUAGAUUGUACUCUGUUUUCCAGGAAAGAUUUAAAUUCAGUCGGUGCUAAUUCCGGAUGUACUCGGGCGGGCACCCAUAGAAGUCUUGACGGAUCGUUUUCAUCGUCGUCUCCAGUAGGGGCGAUAGCAGGUAUAGCUGAAAAGGUCAUGGGCGGCAUAUCAGGAUCGAUACCAUUGCCAACAUCCAUGGAUAAUCGGCGUAGAGCUUGAAGGUUACUAAGCUCCUGUGCGAUGUCGCUCGGGUUGUCGAUAUUGGUAAGAGGGAAUCGUGGGUUGGAAGAGUCAGAGUGAACGUCGCGUAAUGACAACGAGUCUGCCGGGCUCCGAGACGGUGACGGCGGACCAUGGUUACGAUAGGGUUGGCCAUGGUAAUUUAAGGUCAUCGAUUUUCGUAGCCCAGAGGUUUCAGUAUGAGGAACGGCUUGCGCAGCUGCUUGGUCUGAUAUCGAUCGCGUGAGGCGCCCUCGUGCGGAGCUGGCUUGUUGUGAGUGCUGAUGCCGUACCGGCCGCUGUAUUUGUUCAUGGCGGGCAUCUGUAACGAAACUUAAUGGUCGACCAGCAUCCGAGCUGGGCUCAUCUUCGUCACCAUAGAGCGUUCCAAUAGCCUCGGUGACGUGGUGGCUCGGAUCGGAAAUCGAGAGUUGGCUCGAGUGUCCACGUCUGCUGGUAAAGGCGCCGGGUGCUUCGCCGCGUAGCCCAGAUGAUGUCUAUCAUUAUCUUUGUCAGUAAAUGCCUAGUAGGCCAAGGCUAACUGCGACUAGCAGUUAUGCAGACAUUGGAUUCGGCGGGUAUUGCAACGUACCAUCAUGGAGCACGGCGUGCCGGCCGCGAACGGGGCCGUUAGAACCUGUGAUAGCUGUUCUGAUUCCAACCGAACCGAGUCUAGUUUCGUGUGAACUAGGCAGUAAUAGAUUCCGCGUGAAAUUGUGGCUCAGGAUUCAAGUCGCGGUCCGCCACUUUCGUCGUCGCUUUCGUUUGAAAAGUGCACGCCUCCUGAGGUACGUUUGAGAUGAAGGACUAUCGUGGCAUAAAAAGAGGUUUAAUCGGCCGGGGAUGUAAUAAGUUGAUCGAAGUGCUUGAAUAUCGGUGUUGCAGUCUCGUGCGCGGCCCCCUUUCAGUGAUUUCGG